AUGUCCGGUGACUUUGUCAAGCUGGUCUCGGCGGACGGGUACACUUUCGUCGUCCCUCGUAAUGUCGCGCUUCAGAGCGGGACCCUGCGCAGCAUGCUCGACCCCACUGGUAACUUCACCGAAGCAGAGACAAAUACAUGCCAUAUCCAAUAUAGAGGAGUGAUCGUCCUCAAGGUCAUCGAGUAUCUCGCGUACAAGCUGCAAUACCUGGACACCUCAUCAGACGAGAUCGUGGAGGAUUUCUCAGAUCGAGUAGAUCCAUAUAUCGCCCUGGAACUCCUGACUGCUUCGGACUUCCUCGAGGUAUAG